AUUGAACCUAGAUUCAGGAAGUACAUGGCAAUGCCAGAGAUGCCACUUGUAAAGGAUGGGAUACCUCUAAUUCCAAAUUUAAAAGUGGAGAACCCUGCUUUAAGAGGAAAAUCGUGUUGCAGUUCAAUGAGGAGGGCGGACUGAUGAUUGAUGAAGACAAAAUGACACUGAAAAGUUGGCAGUGGCCAAGGAGGGGGAAACUGCCUGAACCAGUUUGGAUCAAGGUUAAUGACUGCAUCACCAUCCGGAUUAUUGGACAGUUUUCCAUCCACUUCACCUUCAAAUGGCAGUACGAGACCAUUCGCUUCUCUCUCUCCCCCUUGCCAGAUGUCAUUCCCCCUCGGCCUGAUGAAUUGUUUCUGAGGACGCGGUCCAGUGUGCAGAGAACAAUCAGUACUCCACGUGCUGUUCCAGAAAUCACAAUCCACUACCUGAGGCAGCUGCAUAGAAAGAUCAAGAACAUUGUCAAUGAUUGGAUGGAGUAUUACAGAGCUGAAACUGGUCUCAGCAAGCUUCCAGUUGUCAGACGUACCGAGAGUGACAGGCACAUCUUCAAAGUUCAAUCGAAGAAACAACCAUUCAAACCCUACAUGCCUCCAGUCAAAGGUUUCUCACCGCAGGCAGACUAUGUUCGCUUUCUGUCUGCUCCAGGCCAGGAACAGAAUAGGUGUCUACCCCGGAGCUGCUCCUUUUCCAGGAAUUUGGCUGCAAUGAUUAGCAGAGAAGGCAAUAUCGGCUUAAUGACAUCUAACAGACAUGGAUCUUCAACUCCUGCUAAUAUCCAACAGGGGCUUCGGUUUCCUCAGGUUCCUAAGGAGGAAAAGGAGUGGUUGCUGUCACCCAGUCCGUGUCCGGUCGUAUUGCGAGCUGCGAUGAUGGGCACAGUCAAGAAACGUUGUCAUUGCAGCACCACCAAGGUUCCCAACAUCACCGACCUGGAGUUUGACACCUUCAUCAAGAAAUCGACAGCAGGGAGCGAGCAGCUCAUCAUUGUCUGCGUUGUCUCAUUGCAACAGCUCAAGUCUGCGCCCUACGAGCAGAUGAUCCAGUAUUUGUAUGAGGAGAACAACCGAAACCGAAACCAGCCCUGUGUGGAGUGUCAAAAAGAUUCGUUCCGGUUAAUAAAGUACAACAUCAGCACGGCCCACGAGUACACAGGACAAAGCCCAGCGUUACUGGUCAAACGGCAUAACAUAACUCCUGGCAUGUUCCUGAUGUACAUUGGAGGGAAGUUGCUGUUUGCUGACCACAUUUUUAAUGGAUACAGUAACAGUGUGAAGGAUCUGAUGAAGCAGAUUACCAAAACGUAUGAUGACUACGCAAAUGGCCGCCACCUACUGUAUGACUUCAGGUUCAGUUCCGUUGGACCUGCGUUGCCAAGUACCACACAGGAUGACACAUCGCUGCAACGUCAGUCUGAUCAGAGUGCAAGACCCAAAUCAGAAACCUCUAUUAAGCCAGCCAUAUGCAUCUUUCAGUCUGCUAACAGGGCUGUAACCAUCCAGGAUUUCAUCGCUUUUAGCUUGACCCAGAGAAACAUUUGUUGCGAUGCAGAGAGAAUUCCAGCGGAAACAAUGGAAAGCAUGCUGGAAAGCUGUUUCCGAAGACCCAACUGAGAGCUGUCUGAGGCAUAAGCAGAGAGCUAUUGCUUGUACAUUGUAGAUAGAAAAUGUCAGCUAGUGUACUUUCUACAGUUCCUACCUGAUAACGAUCACUGUUAAACUGUUGUUAGUUCUGACCAAAUAUAGCAGGAAGAAACGGUUGUGCUGCUCAAGAGUUCCAUGUUAUCCUUAAUCUUAGCCAUCAAACAUUUUUAAGAUUACCACAAUCACAUUCAAAACUCAGGAUCUGAGGGGGCAGAAGAUGUUGCAUUUCCUGAGAAGAAUGCCUCAGAUUGAUCAGUAAAGGCACAUUACCCCAGGGAUCACCACUAACAACACAUUCACUGAGGAGCCAUCACUAAAGUCACAUUUGCCCAGGAACCAUCAUUUGAUACACAUUCACUGAGGGACCAUCACGAAAUGCACGUUCGCUGAGGGACUGUUAAUGAACAUACAUUCACCCAAUGUCCAUCACUGAAGACAUAUUUGGAUUUCCACAGCUGCGAUUCCAUAUAUUUUGGCUAUUGGCACAAACCAUCAGUUGACAUUCCAGGACUCAGUGCUCCAGUCUGUUUCAUGAAUGCGUAUACCAUUUCAUUCUACAUUAACAAAAGCCAAAUCCCUCCCACAUUCCUAAUGAAAUCUGCUUUAAUCUAAUGUUCCCUAAACCAGUCCUGGAACACAGCUAUGCUUCCACUAUUCGGUCCAGACUCCUCACCAAAGCAGUGAAACCACGUUGUGCAAAGGCACAGAUUUUUUUCUAAUUCACCUGUGGGAUGUAGGCAUUGCUGGCUGGGUCAG